CCACGCCCACCUCACCCCCCAAUCACUCACUUUCAGCAUUCUAUUUCUAUAUACAAGUGUAGUAUAGCAUAAUUUCUGAGCAGUUUCUUUACAUUUCUUAAUUCCUAAUCACUUCCUUCCUCUGAACCAAUCUGAAAUGGCCAAGAAACUAGUCUUAAAACUAGAAAUAAAUGAUGACAAAGAUAAACAGAAGGCCAUGAAAGCAGUUUCAAGCCUUUCAGGGAUUGAAUCUCUGGCUAUAGACAAGAAGGAGAGGAAAUUAACAGUAGUUGGGGAUGUUGAUCCAGUUGAAGUUGUGGGGAAAUUGAGAAAAUCAUGGCACACAGAAAUACUAACAGUUGGUCCAGCGAAAGAACCUGAAAAGAAAAAAGAGGAUGAUAAAAAUAAGGACGAGAAAGAACGAAUUGCAGAACUUGCCGAGCUCUACAAGAAUUACAAUCCUUAUUAUACACAAUACUACCAAGUUUACAGUGCAGAGGAGAAUCCAAAUGCUUGUGUUAUUUCUUAAUUAGUUUUCAUGAUUUUCUUUCGUUUGCAACAACUCUUGAAGAGAAGGGAACACUGCGUUAUAUAUAUUAUGUACAUACAGGAUACAUAUAGCAUAAAGUUUGGGUCUUUCUGGGAAAUAUAUCUAUAAUAUUUUGGAAUCUUUUAGUA